CCUUGUUUUCUUGCUUCAAGUGUGCAGCAGUGAAUCCAUUGACUUGAAUCAUGGCCAGAAGUUCUCACAGUAAGCAUCUGAAACGAUUGCAUGCCAUAAAGAGAGUCAGAUAUGCCAAGAAGGAGCUGGAACGGCUGAAAAGUGUGCUUGAAAAGGCAAAACAAGAUGAGAAGGAGAUGGAAGCCCUCUCCAAAAUUGCAGAUCUUGUGACUAAGAAAGGAGAAAAAGAAGAUUCAACAAUGGAAGUGGAAGCUAAGAAAAAUGUGAAAGGACCACAUAACUAUCCUUGGAAGAAUCCAAAGAAGUUGAAGAAAAUGGAGAAGAUCAGGAGGAAAGAGAAGCUGAGAGCAAACAAGAAGAAGAAGUCUGGCCAAUGGCUUCCAUAGCUGUUGUUUCCCUCCCUGUUUGUAUGAUAUUCAAUAAAAGUUCUAAUGCACUGGUU